CUUCAUUUGCAUCUUCAACAUCAACAAACAUAUAUUCUCCAAUUGCAUCUGCUACUGGUACAACAAUGCAAACAUCCUUAAGUAAUAAUGCAUAUGCGUCUUCAAUUAAUUCUACAUCAAAUGUUAAUACUGAAGUUCAAGUUUCCGCACCAAGUACAACAAAAAGGCGUUUUUUUGCAAAGAGGAAUACUGCUCAUCAACAGAAUGCACAUUCUUUUAUUACUCAUCCAUCAAAUGGCUUACAAGGAUCAUCUGAUACUCACGAAAAUAAAAUAUCUUCACAAAUAACAACGUCCACGGUACCGACAAAUAUUUCUAAUAAUUCUAAUACACCUAAUAAUAAUGGAAUAAUGCAUAGUUCUAAUAAUCAUGCCAAUGGAAUCCUUUCUAAUGGAGUUAUUGAUAUUGACUUUAUAAAUUUUAAUGAUUCCAAUGAAU